AUGCUUUCCCUCGUCCUGUCUGCCGAACUCAGCGGCGUCACCGACCUCCGUCCCAAGGACACUGAGGAAGAGCCCUACUACUACACUUUCAAAGUGCAAUGCACCUCUUGCCGUGAAACCCACCCCAACUGGGUCAGCUUCAACCGCUUCGAACAGCACGAAAUUCCCGGUAGUAGGGGUGAGGCGAACUUUGUCUGGAAAUGCAAGCUGUGCCAGAAAACCCACUCUGCCUCUAUCACUGCCGGCCCCAAUGUCUACGAGGCGGACGAGAAGCGCGCUGCGAAAAAGGUUAUUGAAAUUGACUGCAGAGGAUUGGAGUUUACGGAGUUUAAGGCUGAUGGUGAGUGGGAAGCAAAGGGAGCCGAGUCUUCUACGCCUUUCACCGGCAUUGACUUGUCGGAGGAAGAGUGGUAUGACUACGAUGAGAAGGCUGGAGAUGAGGUUUCGAUUAAGGAGAUCAACUUCCAGGUCGGAAGGGCGGUCGGUACCGAGGUCAUCAUCCGUCUCAAGUGGGGUCAAACGGAAUACAAGGGCAAGCUUGAGAGCAUCGAUUCGUACAUGAACGUGCUGCUCCGUGAUACGGAAGAGUUCCUUGAUGGAAAGAACACGGGAACAUUGGGUCUGGUGCUGAUUAGGUGUAACAACAUCCUCUGGAUGGGCUCAGCGGACAGCGUGGAAAUGACGGACCUGGGACUACGAUAG